AUGGAAGCGUACGAGGUAAUCGGAAAUGGCCGAGGUCGAGAAGAGACUGCUGGCUCAUAUGUCCUUGAACACUCCACUGGAGGUGGGGGACGAUCAAAUCGAGGAAAAUCUGCAAAACACGUGGUUGCUGAGUUGCUUGAGUGCGAGGAAGGAGCGGACGUUGCCAUCGCCUUUGUCUUUGCAGAUUCCUUCUUCAAAGGACGAGUUCCACCGCGAGCUCUGGAGUUGGUAUUAUUGACGGUGGACCGCACGGAAUCGUCACUGUCAUCGGAGCCAAGUGGUGAUGGGUUUUCACUUGACGCGACGAUGGAAGAAAGAUCCGACAUUAUGUUCGGGUUGAUGGGAAAUGAGGAAGGGAGUGAUGGGUCCGACGGCCUGUCAGUGGUAUACGUUGGCAAGCGUAAAUGGAAGCCUCAAGUCAAGAACAUUCAAAGUAUGGAAUUAGGUUGA